CAAAUCGCCAUGUUUGUCUUACCAAACGUACUGUCAGCUGGGAUUUAUUUUAGCUAUGGCAGUCAUUUACACGUGGUAAAUCUUUACUAAAGCAUAAAAAUUAACCUUGCGGAGUUACUCGCCAUUUCAGCAAUGCUAGGCUUCUCCGGCGACUUCUAAUAGAGGCUUGGGACAGUUUCUUAAAGGUCGGAUGAUUGUAGAUCCAUGGAAGACAUGGACAACGUGGAGGUGUUAGAGGUUGUGAAAGUGACUGAAGAAGUUGAGAGUGUGUACAACCAAAUGGAGUUGACCUCCCCCAAAAAGAGGAGGAACAAGGCUGAGGUUAACAGUCAUGAAAGACCCAAGAAGCCCCGGUCUGCCUACCUGCUGUACUACUUCGACGUUCACCAGAUAAUGCAACUCGGAACCCCGAAUCUACCUCAGUCUGAGGUCAAUAAGCGAAUUAGUGAGAGCUGGAGAAGACUGAGCGUAGCUGAGAAGAACUACUAUCUGGAGAGAGCCAAGCUGGAAAAGGAGGGGAUAGACACAACAUCUCAAAGCUCCUGCAAACACCUGCCGGGCUUUCGCAAAAUCCUCCCCAGAGCCAAUUGCUUUCUGGUGCAGAACAGUGCCUCCUCUAAUUAUCAGCCCGCAGACUCUCGGUCAGAGGUCAGCGUCAAAUCACUGGGUAUUUCAGCUGAAGGGGGCUUGCAUUCGGUCGCCCUCAGGGUCCCUGAGUCCCAAGUAGCAUCUGCUGGGUUGGCUGCCGAGGUGGAAAUUUCAGAGCCCCCCUCUGUUUCCCGUGAUGCAGCAGAGGAAACAGUAUCGUCUUCUUCUGUGGCUCUCCGAAAAACUUCGUCCCGGUCUCCAUCGAAAACCCUGACCUCCACAGACAUCCAGGGCUCACAGGGUUCUGCUGAUAAGACCCUGAAUGGUGUCACGCUAAAAACAAAAACCAGUGGGCUAACAGUGCAAAUGAUGCAAAGAGAAGCUACACAGAUGGUAACCAUUUUGCCCACCCAGAACCCGCUAGAGCCUCAGCCUUUAGCAGGCAUUAGUACUCUGCACCCAGUCAUGAUGAUAUCUUUAGGGGCCAAAUCAGACCAGAUUCCCAAACCUUACAAAAUGUCUUUAAAGACGUAUACAAGAAGAGGUCGGGGGAGGUGUCUAAAUCCUGGCUGCUCAUUCAUGUACGUCACUCGACACAAACCGCCUACAUGUCCUGAAUGUGGGAGCCAUUUGGGAGGAAAAUGGAUACCUGCUGCGAAGGCCAAAAGGUCACAAGAUAAAGCUGCUGCUUCCGAGCUAACGACCGACAACAAGAGUAAAGAAAGCUGUCAGGCAAGACUGGAUGCGUUUGCAGACACCAGUAAAAUAAAUUCCAGUGGGAGUAACAAGGAAAGUCAAGCUCAUGGGAACAACAGAGAACCGCCUGCACAAUCAGCUGCAACGCCACCAGAGGGCAGCACCACCCCACAUCUUCCUCAAAUAUGUAAACAAAUAAAAGGAAGUUCUAAAAACGCAGCGCAGAAACCAGUGAAGAACUGUGCUGUUGUUCAGAGGAGGCCUGUGAGACCCAUCCUUCCUGCCCUCUAUAACCCAGGCGGUGCUGUGAUUCAGAUCUUAACUGUCCCACCUGAAAAAGAAAAACUUCAAAGUGUCUCCAAAAGCAAGAAUGCAGCAGCAGCAGCCGCAGUGCCUCGAGAGAGUUUGUCGGGUCUCAAACCCAGCACUUUAAAGCAGCUCGGCCAGACUGUCCCAACGACCGCAACCAACCAGGUGAAAUCACACACAUCAACACUGAAAACACAGAAUCAAAGUGAUGAGGUGAACUGUCUUCACUCACUGCAUCCUUCUCUGCAGGAUUCCUCCGUCCCAGCGGACAAAGGUCAACAUGAGACUUCAACCCCUGACAGAGGUGUGAAUGUUGUGUCCCUUAUGCCUUUCAAACACACUGUUUCCUGCUUUGAUUUAGGGCUAUCCACAGCACGAGGCAGGGGCCGUUGUAAGAACCCGGCUUGUGACUACAUGUAUAAGAACCGCCACAAACCUGCGGUGUGCCCAAAAUGUGGCAGCGAGCUCACUAGAAAGAAUACCAAACCUUCAAAGUCUGAGACUUUGCUAGAUCCCUAUCAGGAGCUGAGUGCUGCUCAGAAGGACAUCCAGCGCCAGAGCACCCUGCAGUUAAUCCGCAGCACCCUGCAGAUUCCCGAGGGUGAGAUAGAGCUUCAGGAAACAAUGAGCCUCAUCCAGGAGCUCAACAGUGUUAAAAUUGUCUUGGUUAAGAGCGGCGAGGAAAGUGACGCUGAAACUGAGACAUUGUUUGAGACGGGGUGGCCUCAGUUUUAUGAAUCAUCAGCUACACACUGUGGGCUGUGUAACUGCCGUCUGUUCAAAGGAGGACAGGGUACUGUUGCGGGGCAGGAGGACUGCUGGCUGCUCACUGAGACUCUGAUGCAGACAGCGUCUCUGCAGCUUAAAGUGUGUCCCAACCUUCAGUGUUUGGCCCUGCAUUGCUUUACAGAUCUGCAUACAGGUUUGUUCAACGUUGGGAACCGACUGCUCGUAAGUCUUGACUUGUUUUUGAAGAUCAGAGCCAACAUCAAACUGAGCCAACCCCCCCCUCAAGCUGCCAGAUCUGUGUUUGAACAAAUCCCAAGUCAUCCAGUACAUAGUCUUACCCCGGAGGAAUCAUCUCAAGUUCAAGAGCUUUUCCUGAGCGGUUACUGGGCCUUCGAGUGUUUGACAGUGAGGGAUUACAAUGACAUGAUCUGUGGCAUUUGUGGCGUCGCUCCAAAAGUUGAGAUAGCACAGAGGCACAGACAUGACGCACUGGAGCUGAAGAAUGUGGAGUUUACCUGGCCUGAGUGUUCAGUCUCAGAUGAAGUACACGUUGAUGACUUCUGGCUGACCAUGGAGGGUGAAGCGAUCGAGCAGGCAGCCUUCCCUGCAGACGUCCCCAUCACACGAGUGGACGCUUCCAUCAUUGCUCCAUUCGCACCCCCUUUGAUGAGAAGCCCCACUGUUAUUAACACAGAGAAAGAAAAACUCAUGCAUCAAAUACAACAGCCUGCAGGAGAUCCAUCAGUUAUGGUUCGUCUUAUCCAUGAUGGCCAGCUAAGACUCGACAGGGUUGAAGAUCACACUGAGGAUGAGCUGAGAACCAUGCUGGAUUGCUGUGGGGUGGUGCUCAGUCCUGGCUCCACUAAGAAUGAGCUUCUGGCCACGCUGGUUAACCUGUACACACAUGUUCACAGUGGCCUUUCCACAGCUUCACAGCCACCGGCUCAUCUCACUGCUGGCAAGCUGUCCAAGGUGUGCCCCCACAAGGUGGUAUGUUCCUCUAAGUACUUAGUGAGAGGAGAGACAGCUCGGGACCACGUCGACCUGCUCCUCUCCUCCCGUUACUGGCCUCCAGUUUACGUUUGUGACUGUCCUCGUCAAGUGGCGCUUUGCACCGAUCUGCAGUAUCCAGAGUUGGCAACACAGAUGUGGGGCAGAAACCAGGGCUGCUUUUCAGACCCCUUUGAAAAGCCAGAAUUUGUGUCAUGCCCUGAGCUACAGAAUCAGCCAUACACCACUGACCUCUCCUUGGUAGCAGAGAACCAGCAGGUUCACCCCAUCACAAAAUCUUCUUCUUGCUGGCUGGUUCAUCCACCAGGAGCAGCUCAGGAGGCUCCUGCUCAGGAACAUCAUGCCAUGAUCUGCUGCAGAGAUCUGGAGCCAUAUAUCAGUCUGGUGGCAGAGCUGGACGCAGAGAAGAAAGAGGAGCAUCAAAAUGAGGAAAAUCUAAAAGAGGAGGCUGAUGCAUCAGAGAGGGACUCUUUAAAAGAUCUGGAGGACCAUACAGACAAACAGCCGAUGAUUUUCAACAACACGGCUUAUUACUACUUAUACAACCGACUUGUAGACUUCCUCAGCAGCAGAGACAUAGUAAACCUGCAGAUCAGCCAGGUCCUGAAGGUUUGCCAGCCUGGCGAGGUGGUGAUUAGAGACUCUUUAUACCGACUCGGAGUGGCACAAAUAAAGGCCGAGGAAGAUGAAGGAAGAAGAUUAGACACACAGACAGAGGAGGAAGGAGAGAAACAGCAGAUGGUUCUGGGUGAUUAAAAUAAUAAUAAUAUUUUUAUAAUAAUAAUAAUAAUAAAAAAUCAGGGUUGGAACUUAUAAGUGCCAUAACAAGAGAUUUAGGUGCUACAACAAGGAUUUUGGAAGCAUCUUUAAAAUUUUCAAGGAGACAAAGUAUAACAAGAAACUAGAUUAAUAUUAAUACAACUGCAGACUUAAGAGUGUAAGCUAAGAUGAUGCUAUUUACUAAACUGUAAAUGACAAGAGUGUAAUUUCUGCUUUUCUACCACCAUGUUUAUAGAAUAAGUUAAUAUACAAACUUGGGUCCAAGGCCCAAGUUUUGACCUGGCAUCAGUUGGCGUGAGGUUCUCACGAUGUAAUAAAGCUACCUUGCUUUCACUUUUUUUACACAGACAUUUAAAUAAAAAUAUAUAACAUGAUGUAGCUGCUUUUAUUUACAACAUAAAGGUAACAAUCCUUUCGUCUGCUACUAAAAUCAUGCAUUAUAUCGGUUAUUACAGGUACGAUUUAUUAUAUAUUACACUUUUACAGAAAAUAUAAACACUCACUAAAUUUAAUCAUUUUGAAAAUAAACGGUUCGUUGUUUUCUUUCAGUCAGCUGAUUGGUCGUAGCAAUCGGUGGGGAAGAGGCAGCGCUGUGGUUCUUUAUGCUCCCCAUAGUUGGAGAAAACUCACUGGCACUUUCUCUGACAUCUCAGUGAAUCGACUCAGUUGAAACAGUACAGUGGAGAAUGUUUUUAAUUUUGAAACUGUGACUUUUUAAAACUGCGGGAUACUUUGAGACCAGUAGUCGGCACAUGCCCACUUCUAGCUAAAGGAAUGUAAACUGAGCUACUUCAACCUUAUUCUGCAUCUUUAUCCAUGUGCCAUAUUUAUAGCAUUUUUGAUAACCAUAAACGUUUCUGCUUUGUGUUUUACAGAAUUGCCUUUAUAUGACCUUUUGAGCAGAUUUUCAUGUAUCUGGUCAGUUUUACUGAGUUAUUAUAUAAAUGUGGACCUCAGAGGGUAGUGUUUAAUUUGCAUAUUAUUUUGUGAAAGUUACAUUGAGAGAUAUAUAUGAGCUGUUUUUAUAUGGAUGACUCUGUCAGCCUUUAAGAAACAAUGUAUGUUGUGUGUACCAACAUCAUCUGCUUGGUACUUAUUAAAACAGAGCAAACUUAAA